UAGUAGUGUGUUGUGUAUAGAGGCAUUUAAAUCAGGGAGAGGGAACAUAAAGUGAAAUGAGUGGUUUAUUGUGUAGCAGGGUGUUUCAAUCAGUUGACAGUUGUUGGAGCUUAAGGACUUUGACAAUAAUGUCCAGGCAACUUCGUUUUUCCGCUUGCCAUUGCAGUUCGGUGGAUCAUAAAGAAGUAUCAAAGGAUAAACAAGAUCAAGUGCCCAAGAGUGUUCUAAAUAAUAUUUCUGCCAAGAUAAAGUCACGUUUGAAUGUAGAAAUGAAUCCACAGUACAAGGAUAAUUUGGUGUCUAAUGUUUGGGAGUCAUCUUUAACUAUUAACUGGCCAGACUUGAUACAAACAGUGGGAAGAGGAAAUUCAAAAAGUCAGGCUCAGCAUGAAGCUGCCCAAUUAGCUCUGAGUUUAUUGAAACAAAAAAAUAUAGUAGGUGAAGAUGGGAACCUCCAACCAGUACGAAAAAUCAUGUCACUUUAUACAUUAGAUGAUAAAAUUUCGGCUUCCAAGAAUAAGAAAAAUAAAACAUCAGAAGUUUCUAUUGCACAGCUGAAAAAUGAAAAAAUAUUGGUGGACAGAAACAUUAACUCAUCACAUAAGUCGGAGACAUCUGUCUGUAAGGCAGUGUUAGAAAUGGUUGCUAGGCGUUUCCCACAACCAAAAGCUACUCUUCAUAACGUAUUUGCGGAAGUGGCGCACCACUUACGCAGUGAUGCUUAUUGUGCAAUCCCCAGUUACAGUCGCAUGAAGGACUCAUGGCAGUGUUCAUACCAUUUACGGUGGCCCUCCCAUGCAGUGUUUUCUGGAGAAGGACAUACCAAAUCUCAAGCUGCUAAAAUUGCUGCGCUGUAUGCUCUUAAUUGGCUUACUGCACAGGGACGACUGCUGAAAGAUGGAACUCCCUGUAUUGAAAGAAGAAUGGAGAUGCCACCUCCACCUCUUGUUGCUUUGCCAUCUGAGUUUGAACGACAGUUAAAUACCCUUCACACUUACUUUCAGUGUGUCAAGAAUACAAUAGCUGAUGUCACUGAAAGUUGCACAGAAGUAUCACAAGAUGCCGAUACUGUGGACACUGAAAUUGGUACUGUCACUCAAACCUUCAGCUUUAAUAUUAAAAAUGAAACUGUAUUCAAAAAUCGAAGUUCUGAACUUCAAAGAAGACUUGAAAGAAGAAUGAAGAUGGGAAGCAGAAAAUCUGAACUUCCGAUUUACCAGUUUAGGGAACAGUUGUUAGAACUCCUGGAAAAUAAUAGAGUUCUCAUAAUCAGAGGAGAAACUGGCUGUGGGAAAAGUACUCAAGUUCCACAAUUCAUAUUUGAUGAUUGGAUUAAGAAAGGCCAUGGAUCUGAGUGUACUGUAGUUGUAACUGAACCAAGAAGAAUUGCAGCAAUCUCUCUUGCUGAAAGAGUUGCUGAAGAGAGAGAUGAGCGGGUUGGUGAUACAGUAGGUUACCAUGUAAGAUUGCAGUCACGUAUGCCACAAGGACCAGGAGGUCUCCUGUAUAUGUCAUCAGGCAUGCUUCUUCACCAUUUGCAGAAAAAUUCAGUUUUGACUGGUGUCACACAUGUGAUAUUAGAUGAAGCUCACGAACGUGACACCAAUAUUGAUGUGUUAGCCAUUCUACUGCGUCGUGCAUUAUUGCAUAACCCCGAACUGCAUGUUAUUGUCAUGAGUGCCACUAUUGAUGCUUCUCUCUUCCAAAAUUACUUUGAUGCUCCCCUUAUGGAGGUACCGGGCUUCACAUUUCCAGUUACAGAACAUUUUUUGGAUGAUCUUGUUUCACAAAAUGUGUUGAAAAAAUUACCUGAUUCAACAGUGCCUUGCGUAGAUGUAGAUCUUGUGUGUACUGUAAUAGACUGGCUUCACCAAAACAAAGGUGAAGGGGCAAUAUUAUGCUUUCUGCCUGGUUGGGCAGACAUAAAAGCAGUAUUGGAAAAGGUGAACAAAAUAAUGAAUAAAAGUGAACUGUUUGUUGUGCCUGUGCAUUCUCGAAUUUCUUAUACUGACCAGCAGAAAAUAUUCAGCAGACCACCACCUGGCAUUCGUAAGAUCAUUCUUGCAACAAACAUUGCAGAAACAAGCAUUACUGUGAAUGAUGUAAAGUAUGUUGUGGACACAGGAUUACACAGGGAACAAAGGUUAAGCAGUGACAGUGGAACAUCCAGCAUAGGCAACAGAUGGAUAUCAAAAGUAAAUGUGAAACAGAGACGUGGUAGAGCUGGUCGCCUCCAGCCAGGCGAGAGCUUUCAUCUCUUCGAUAAAAAGCACUUUGAAUCUAUGGAUGACUAUCCCCUUCCAGAAGUACUGAGAGUUCCACUGGAAAAAACUAUUUUGUAUUGUAAGGGGUUGGUUAAAAAUCAAAAAGCAGCACAAUUCUUAUCAGAGAUGCCUGAACCACCGAGUGAAGAUGCAAUUCAAUUGGGUGUGUCAGAAUUAGUUGCCAUAGGAGCUCUAGAUGAUGAUGAAAAUUUGACAGCUCUUGGAAAACGAAUAAUGAAUUUCCCAACACACCCUAAACUUUCAAAGGUGCUGGUCAAUGCAGCAGUAUUGAGGUGUACACAACCAGUGCUUACCAUUACAACAGUUCUCAGUGGAGAAGUGGAUCUAUUUCAAGGUGCCCUCACAGAAAAGGAUCACAUCCGUGAAACUAAAAGAGAGCACCAUUCAACAAGUGAUCAUAUUGCCCUGUGGAAAAUACAUAGAAUGCUAUGGCAAAUGAAAACUGGGGAUUUCAGAAGCCUUUGUCAGCAAUAUGAACAUAAAUGUUCCCCAGCAUUGACCUUAUUGCCAAAUGGUGUUGGGAAGAGAGGGUUGAAUAAACUGUUUUCGGAAUAUCUGUAUGAAUGUAAGAUACUUUGUCAUUCUGAGAAGCUUACUGAUGAUGCCUCACCAUGUAAUAAAUAUCAGCUUCAUGAUGAAUUGGUAAAGGCUGUGUUAAUGUCAGGCCUGGGAAAUUUACUAGUCAAGCGCAACUGGAAAAUUAUGAAUGGUCGCAUAGUAAAAGAUACAAAUCUCACAGUCACAGAGCUUGAGCAGCAUGCUACCAUAACACCAGACAGUGUUAAUUACAAGCAUUGUGAUAACUCAAGCCCAUAUCUUACACAUUUCAAUGAAAUAAAGUCUCUCGAAAGAAGAUCUUUGUUAAUUAGAGAGUCUUCUGUUGUAUCUCCACUGUGUGUCAUCCUAUUUAAGCCAGGAGAACUUGUAGCAGAAAAGUAUGAAGCUUCCUCCUGUGGCAACUCUACAGUGAAAGGCAACAGUUAUGUGGUCCUUUCAUUGAAAUCAAAAGGAACUGUCAAAAUGUUGUGUGAAAAGAGGGAUGCAGAGCAGUUGCAGACUCUCAGAACCAUCAUUUGGUGGGUUUUAGAUUACUACAUUAGAAACGAAGGAGCCUCAGGAAAUGAAUGCAAUAGGACUGUUGACAAGUUCCGGGAGUUUUUGCUUAAAGUAUUAGUAGAUGUUCUUGCAUACAAGAAAUAAACAGAUUAAGAGUGAUCAUCAGGAUCUUGUAAAUAUUUUUGUUAUGUGUCAAAAUGUAAAUGAUGUUACAAAUGUA